AUGUCAAGGAUGAUUACCAGGAACGGUGGUGCUCGUCAGGCUGAUGGAUCUUCUGCUGUGGUGGUGGACAAGCUUAAGGACUCCGGACUGCCUGCGGAUGCUUCGGCAUCGUCGGCGAUUAAGCGCACUUCGGACCUGUUCACGGAGGCAGACAACGACGCUCUUCAGCCCGCUGCUCAGGGUGCGAAGGAUGCGGUGCGGGAGCUUCUGGCUACUGGAUCAGGGGACAAUGUGCAACGCGCAGGAGUUGACUCCAAGGUCAAGGCUAACAACAAAGGAGAUAGCGGUUCUCUGCAAGCAGGCAAGGAGGAUGCUAUCACCAAGUCAGCUAAGCAGGACGAGGAGGAGGAAGACGAUGGGUACCUCAGUGAUGAUCCGGAGGAGCGGUAUGAUGCGCAUGCGAAGAGUGAAGUCGCGCAGCGGAUCCGUUUUGCCAUUGUGCUGCUGAUCCCGAUCGUGUUCAAGUCGGAGGCGACUUGGGUGCAGGCGACGCUUCGCGCUCUUUUCAACCUUUGGAAGAAGGACCUGAACAUGGAAAUUCAAGCAACAACGAAGUUUCAGGAGCUGACGGCUUUGUUCCUGAAUAAGAAGCAAUAUCAUCGGCUGCAGGUCUCCUUCGAGAGGGCUCGCGAUGCUAACUUCGUCUGGAAGCAUGGGAUAGUACACACCUGUGUUGACGGGAAACGCAUUAACCUGGACUGGCAGCAUCCCGUGGAUCCGGCUUAUGUGAAGGCGCGUGCUGCGGAUCCUCUGCUCGUUGAGGUGCUGUUCAAGGGGGUGGAUGCGGUAAUAACGCCGGAGAUGCUAUGUGACAUGCUGGUGUCAGUGAAGCUAGAGAAGCGCGGACGUUCAGCCUUCAAGGAGGGUUGUUGUUUCCACCGGGUGGUGAACCCUGUUACGGGAAUGGAUACUGACAAGGUGAAGGGGUUGGUGAAGCAGCAUGAGGGCGACAAGAUCACAGAUCUGACCAGGCUUGUAUUGAAGGACCCCGCCGUGGUGUUGAUCUCAACCGGGGGGAAUCGAGAGGAGUGGAUCUGCGUUCAGGAGUGUUGCGAGAAAGCGGCUGGGGUUUCUUUUGCCCAGGCAGCGGAACAUGUUGUGUCUCAGCGGCACAGCGACGGCCUGGUGUCCGGCUCGGUAUCACGAAGCUCCAAGGCUGGUGUCAACUUGGUGACGGCGAAGAAGGAGUUUGGUGUGUGA